UCCUUUACAAAAAGGAAGGGUACUGUACCAGAAAAAGCACGGCCGUUGAUUUCGUUUAUGAACCGUUUGAGAUUUGCUUACGAAACUGGCUCACCUAUUUGAUGUUGUGAACACACUUUAGCAAUGAGUUAAAACAGUUGAAAAGUGAUUAAAAUCAUCAAGCCAGGAUUGCUUUUGUUUUAAUAGCAUCAUAGUACUCGCCAUUUUUGAGCUAAUUUUAGGCUAACGAGUACGUUGAUCAUUGGAAAUGAAAAUUAUGAAUCAGUUAACUAAACCUACUGCAGAUCUUGCAGUUUUCUUGUUGAUAUUUGCUUUACUGAAUGAAGCCAGCUCCACUACCACCAAGCAUUACAUAGUAUAUAUGGGAGAACACUCUUUUUCUGAUUCCGACUCUGUAAUCUCAUCAAACCAUGAGAUGCUUGCAUCAAUUACUGGAAGCAUUCCUCAAGCGGAAGAUGCAGCAAUUCACCAUUACAGUAAGAGCUUUAGAGGCUUCUCAGCAAUACUGACACCAGAACAAGCGCAAAAACUUUCCGAGACAGAAUCGGUUAUUUCAGUUUUUGAAAGUACAGCGGUCCCUCUCCAUACUACUCAUUCAUGGGAAUUCCUCGGAAUCAAUGCUAUUCAAGAACUCAAUCAGUCGAUGCCAGACGAGCCACAAUCCGAUGUGAUAGUUGGCGUACUUGAUACCGGAGUUUGGCCCGAGUCAGAGAGCUUCAAUGAUGAAGGCUUAGGGCCUAUUCCUAAGAGAUUUAAAGGAGAAUGUAUUAUUGGAGAUCAGUUUACAGUUCAGAACUGCAACAGGAAAAUAAUCGGUGCUCGGUACUAUUAUGAAGGAUUUGAAGCAGAAUUCGGACCUCUUGAAUCUCGGAAUAGAACUUUCAUCCGAUCAGUACGUGAUACCGAGGGCCAUGGAACUCAUGUUGCAUCAACAAUUGCUGGUUCAUUGGUCAAUAAUGCGAGCUUAUUUGGGAUUGCUAUAGGAACUGCGAGAGGUGGUUCACCGAAUGCUAGACUAGCCAUAUACAAACCAUGUUGGUUCAGCUUUUGUAAUGGUGCAGACGUACUUAGCGCUCUUGAUGAUGCCAUUGAGGAUGGCGUCGAUGUCAUAUCUCUUUCUUUAGGACCUCCUCCAACCAGUUACUUCUCAGAUGUGAUCUCCAUUGGAUCUUUCCAUGCAUUCAAGAAAGGAAUUCUUGUUUCUGCUUCAGCAGGAAAUUCUGGAACUCCUGGUACUGCAUGUAACGUUCCUCCCUGGAUUCUCACUGUCGCUGCUAGCUCAACCGAUCGCGAACUUAACUCAAAUGUUCUUCUAGGAAAUUCAAAAGUUUUGAAGGGUUCGUCAAUCAACUCAUUGAAAAUGGAGACUAAAUCUUACGGAAUUAUAACGGCAUCUGCUGCAGCUGCAAAAGGAGUUCCUGCAAGAAACGCAAGCUUAUGCAUGAUCAACACCCUUGAUCCUAAUUUGAUCAAGGGGAAAAUAGUUGUAUGCACGGCGGGGGAUUUCACCGACGCGAGAAUUCGUAAAAGUAUUGUCAUAAGACAAGGUGGUGGUGCAGGAAUGAUUCUCAUCGAUCCAAUAUUUGCAAAUGAUGUCGGCUUUCAAUUCUUCACCCCGACUAUUCUUAUAGGUGAAACAGAAGCAGAAGUUCUAUUUGAAUACCUAAACACAACAAAGAAUCCAACUGCGAAGUUCUACCCAACGAUGACAGUUCUCAACACUAGACCGGCUCCAGUAAUGGCAUCCUUUUCAUCAAUGGGACCUAAUAUUCUCACUCCAGAGAUUAUCAAACCUGAUAUCACGGCGCCUGGUGUUAAUAUUUUAGCUGCGUGGUCUCCAUUAGCAGUUGAUGCAGAGGGAUCGGUUAACUAUUACAUUAUUUCCGGCACCUCCAUGUCCUGUCCACACAUUUCCGGAGUUGCGGCUUUCAUUAAAAGUCGCCGCCCUGCUUGGAGUCCUUCUGCUAUAAAAUCAGCAAUAAUGACCACAGCUACUGUGAUGGAUAAUACAUGGAAAUUGAUAUCAAAAGAUCCAAAUGGUUCUCCAACGACACCAUUCGACUACGGAUCUGGACACGUAAAUCCUCUAGCAGCACUAGAUCCUGGCCUUAUUUAUGACUUCGGCCCCGACGACAUAAUCGACUUCAUCUGUACUUAUGGUGCCACCGCUGCACAAUUCCGGAAUCUCACUACAGAACCAAUCACGUGCAAGAAUCCGCCAAUUCCUACUUACAAUCUCAACUAUCCUUCAAUUGGUGUAACCAAUAUGAACGGGACUGUAACAGUGUUACGAACGGCAACAUAUUGGGGUCAUGGCUCAGCAGUUUUUACAGCCUCCGUUGAGAAUCCGGCAGGUGUGGAAGUUUUUGUGAAACCAAAUGAGCUCAUGUUUAAAGAAACUGGAGAAAAAUUGUCUUAUGAAGUUGAAUUUACAGCAUACAGGACUAGUAACGGAAGUUUUGUGUUUGGUUCCAUAAUUUGGAAGAAUGGUGCAUACAAAGUCAGGAGUCCCAUUGGAUUAAACGUGACUUCAAUCUAGUAAUUAAAUAGCUAGAAUUUCAUUUCUAUUAAACGUGUAAUUAAGGCCAUUAAGUGGCCGCCGUUUGCUUAUAUAAAUAAAACUUUGUAACUAGAGAUAAACUCAAGAGAAAUGAAAUCAGCAGAACAUAUAGGUCGCUUUCGAA